AUGAAUAACCAAGGAGUAGCCUAUGCAGAACUGAAGGUAGCCAAGAACUCAAAGAGGCAACAAAUAAAACCUAAGGGCACUAAAAGUUCCAUUUCAAUAACUGAGCAGGAAAUAACCUAUGCAGAAUUAAAUCUUCAAAAUGCUUCUCAGAAUCUUCGAGGGAAUGACAAGAACUACCACUGCAAAGAUUUACCAUCACCUCCAGAGAAGCUCAUUGCUGGGGUUCUGGGAAUCAUCUGCCUUGUUUUGAUGUCCAGUGUGGUAACAAUGAUAGUUUUUACUCCCUCUACUGCAAUACGGGAGCAGAAUAACUCCUCUCCGAUAAAAAGGCUCCAGAAAGAAUGUCAUGCUGGUCAUUGUCCAAAACAGUGGUUUACAUGUUCCAACAAUUGCUAUUGUAUUCAUUUGGAAAAAAAAACAUGGCAUGAGAGUGUGACGGCCUGUGCUGCUAAGAACUCUACUCUGCUUUAUAUAGAUAAUGAAGAAGAAAAGAAAUUCCUGAUGUCCCUAUCAAUUAUGUCAUGGAUUUCAGUCUUUCGUAAAGGCCGUGAUCAUCCAUGGAUGUGGCUAAAUGGUUCAACUUACAAACUACAUAUAACAGACACAUCACCUGAUGAACAUAACUGUGCUCUGCUCUAUUCAGAUGGCAUUAGAUCAGACAGUUGUGAGCUUCCACAUACAUAUAAUUGCAAGGAUCAGCUCGAGAAAACGUGAGUUUGGAUGCUGUUGAGUAACUUUAAC